AUGAAGUUCUCUUCCAUCCUCACCCUCUUUGCAUUGGUCUCCACCGGCUUCGCCACCCACGCCGCAGACUCGAAAGAAUGCACCCCCAGCUUCGACUACUGUGGCUCGAAACUUCUCAGCUCAAAGGGCUGGACAGAAGACGAACUCAAAGAAUCCCUCAAAGACACCGACCUCAAGGAUGAUUCCGACGCACUGGAUGACGUGAAGAAUGUGGUGUUUCACUGCAAGAAUCCCGGAAUCGUGGGACAUCCCAAGUAUUGUCCGGACGGGUGUAAGGAGGCUGCGACGGAUGGGAACGGGGAUAAGUGCUAG